ACGCCUAGGGAUAACUCAGCCUACAGACGAACGAGAGGCUGCUGUAAAGCAUAUAUAAGUCUGAGGACAGACAGAACUUUCUCUUUAUCAACCCAUUCGUUAUAUUUUAGAUUUAACACGCACGCACGCGUUCACACACACACACACAUACACGCCAAACGAACGCAAGACUUUUAUUUUUAUAGUUGAUUUUAUUUUCGUUUCGGCAGUGCGGCCGCUGUUUUAGAGCUAACGGCACCCAAACAGUAAUUUGGUGACCAUGACGAACAGCUGCGUCUACUUUCUGGUCGUCUGCCUUGCCUUACUUCACAUGAGCCAAGCCCAGAACUACCACUUCAGUAACGGCUGGUACGCUGGGAGGAAGAGGUCGGCACCCACUUACCCCAGUCAGUCUCCUAUCUUUGACAGCGAAACAGGCUCGUCGUCCAUUGAUGCCUCUUGUAAUAUAAGUCCUGAGUCCAUUUUCUUAAUCAACAAAAUAUUGCAGGAGGAAGUGGCAAGAAUACAAAAGGUGUGUACAUCGGGACCUUCCAGCGGACUCAGGGCAUUGCUAGAGAGCACAGACUCCAACUAGACAAAGGUAGCAGUCCUUCUGAACAUCUCUAACUGUAUGACUGAGUCAAGAAGAAAAUAAAAGCUACUUCACAAUUGUAAUGAAAAAUUCCAAGUACAGAAAAUGUUUUUUUUUUUUUUUGGGGGGGGGGGGAUGAAUUCCAAAGAUAUUGUUUGGUUUGGUUCAAACGUCACCUAAACACAUGCUACAACACAAAACACAUACAAAGUGCAAUGGGAAUAACAAAGUAAACUUAAUGAAAUCAAUAAAUGACAAUAUUAAAUCCACCAACAGUAUUGAUUGCAUGCCUGUUUUCAUAAAUAAAUCGACUUUUAACAUUUUCAA